GUUAUUAUUACAAUUUCUUUUUAUUUUAUUUUAUAAUAAUUUAUUCGUAGAAACCCGCAUAUAUAGAUCAGAUUGUUUGAUCAAACACGUCUCAAAAAAGUUUCCAUUCUGCAACGCAACCCUCUCUCAACCUACAGAUUUGACUACCGGAUCUUCAUGAAUUCAAGAACCAUUACUGGAUCCAUCGUUUCCUGUCAAUCGGGAAACAAGAACUUCUUCUUUUGCAGGAUUUUGGUUUGCCUCCUUACAAAGUUUUUUAAAACCCCAACUGCUAACUUGGACUUCCAUUUGAUUAAGGCAGUUGAUAGGAGUUUGCCACCAAUUUGCAGCUUGACGUCAUUUUAAGAAAGUCAUUCUGCUAUUUUGCUCGAUCAUCUGUGUUCUUUAACUGUUAUUGGCAGCAUGGUUUCUUCGUACUUCACUGCUUUUAAAAAUACUCCAACACACAACUCGAGGCAGUUACUUUUCCCUAUGACCCAUCCUGAGGCAGUUCCUAUUGAUGAUGUGGAACUGGAAUUUUCUGAUAUAUUUGGUCCUCUACCUGGUCAGGCCAUAAAUGAUGUUAACAAUGUGAAUUUAGGAAAUCCGUUGCCUGCAGGAGAUGACAGUGAACUUACUUGCGAUGAUCUAGUAAUCAUUCACAGCCGAUCACAUUCUUUGGUUGGUCCCUCUGCAUGUGUUAGCCAGUCACUAAGAAAGAGCAACUUAACAAUACGCGAGAUUGAGGAUUCAAUGGAAUUUUUAGAAUGCUUCAGUGACGAAGAAGCUGCAAAAGCUCAGGAGUUUGUCGAGAAUAACUCUACUGAGGAGGAAUCCCUAGUUUUAAACCAAGACGAUUCAGUGAAGGUCCGGAGUGUAGGCCUCGAAGAUUUUGAGGUUUUGAAGGUUGUAGGGCAGGGUGCAUUUGCAAAAGUGUUUCAGGUUAGAAAGAAGGGGACUUCGGAAGUGUAUGCAAUGAAGGUCAUGCGGAAAGAUAGGAUUAUGGAGAAGAAUCAUGCUGAAUACAUGAAAGCAGAGAGGGAUAUCUUGACAAAGAUUGAUCAUCCCUUCAUUGUGCAGCUCAGAUACUCGUUCCAGACCAAAUACAGACUUUAUCUUGUGCUGGAUUUUGUGAAUGGCGGGCACCUUUUUUUCCAGCUCUACCACCAGGGUCUCUUCAGGGAGGAUCUGGCUCGCAUAUACGCAGCAGAGAUUAUAUCUGCUGUCUCUCAUCUGCACAAAAAUGGGAUUAUGCAUAGGGAUCUUAAACCAGAGAAUGUUCUACUAGAUGCAGAUGGACAUGCUUUGUUGACUGACUUCGGCCUGGCAAAGCAAUACGAAGAAAAUACAAGAUCAAAUUCAUUGUGUGGAACAAUGGAGUACAUGUCACCUGAAAUCAUUCUUGGGAAGGGUCAUGAUAAAGCUGCAGACUGGUGGAGUGUUGGUAUUUUGCUGUUUGAGAUGCUCACUGGGAAGCCUCCUUUUAUAGGUGGAAAUAGAGAGAAAGUUCAGCAAAAGAUAAUUAAGGAUAAAAUUAAGUUGCCAUCAUUUUUAUCAAGUGAAGCUCAUUCUUUACUGAAAGCGCUCCUACAAAAGGAUCCAGAAAAGCGCUUGGGCAGCGGGCCUACUGGGAGCGACGAAGUGAAGGGCCAUAAGUGGUUUAAGCCAAUUAAUUGGAAGAAAUUGGAAGCAAGAGAAAUCAAGCCUAGUUUUUGUCCCGAAGUUGCAGGAAUACACUGUAUUGCAAACUUUGAUAAGCGCUGGACAGACAUGUCUUUGUUGGAUUCACCAGCCUCCAGCCCAAAGGCUACUGGAAAUCCCUUUCAAGGUUUUAGUUAUGUGAGACCUGGAGAUUCAUUCCUUUCCAGCGACAGUUCCUUGUGCUAAUAAACAAUUUGUAUGAAGAUUUCGGAUGUCAUUAACUCGUUGCAACAUUUUAUUAAAAUAGCCAUCGUAGCAUAAGUUUGCUCACUGGCAGUUUAGUUUAUAUCAGAAGUUGUAUUUGUCAGUGACAAGUCUGGGCUGUGUUUCAGCACAUUUACAUUAUCUGAAGAGACCUCCCUUUUUAACUUUA